AUGUCGAAGUGGUCAACCGUCUUUGUUGUCAAGCUUCAGUACGAAAUUCUUCGAAAAAGAAUUCGAAAAUAUUUCCCGGUAAUAGUAGCUGGAGAAACUUUAAAAACGAUAAUGAAGCAAAGCUUCAUUAAAACGUGCAUGCAUGGAAAUGUAUGGAAUAUUUCUGAAGGAUGUGAUAACGAGAAAUUCUUUUGGAAAAACAACUUAGUUUCAAUCGCGAACAAUGAUGGAGAACCUAUUGGUACUCCAAGGAUUCAACGAGAACAUAAAAAUACAGGAUUGGAAACUUUUGAUGCAGGGUGUAUCUGGAUUGAUGCUCAAACGAACAUCAAAUUAGGAUAUAUACUAAAUAUGGAGUUGACAUCCAAUGAAACAAUCUUGAAAAUUCAAGACUACUAUGCUUGCAGAGAGAUGAACAAGAAUGGGGGAAUUGGACUUUGGGCAAGAUAG